CGCCAGUAAACACUGGAGAAGAAAAAGCUGAUGCUCGUCUGAACCGCUUUAGCCCCUCGAUUUAUAAAAAUAAAAGCACAUUAUUGUGUCUGGCUCUGAGGAUUUAAACCCCUGAGCUGUGUGAGGACAUGAAAACCGAGAUAUCCACAGAUGGAGGGACGUCAGAAGUCCGUGUGAAGAAAGAGGAGACGCUGGAGCUGAAAAUCUACAACCAUGGAGACUACCUUGAUAAUCCACCUGAAGGUCUCUCUGUUAAAGUGGAAGAUCCUGACAAUAAAGACUACCUCUACUGCGAAGUUUGCAAAUCCUUCUUCCUCAACAAAUGUGAGAUUCAUGGACCGCCCCUCUUCAUCCCAGAUACUCUUGUUCCCAUGGGAGUCCCUGACCGAGCCAGACAAACUCUUCCUCCUGGGCUAGAAAUCCAGAAGUCAAGUAUCCCUGAUGCAGGCCUGGGAGUGUUUAAUAAGGGGGGUACUGUUCCAGUAGGUGCACACUUCGGACCCUACCAGGGAGAGUUGGUAAAUGGGGAGGAAGCCGGGAACAGUGGAGACUCCUUGGUUGUAUACAGGAGCAUGCAGUGCGAACAAUACAUUGAUGCCAAAAGAGAGAUGGAUGUGAAUUGGAUGAGGUAUGUGAAUUGUGCCCGUAAUGAAGAAGAACAGAAUCUUGUGGCAUUUUGGUAUCGAGGGGGAAUUCUGUAUCGGUGCUGUCGACCCAUUAACCCAGGACAUGAGCUCUUGGUGUGGUAUGAAGAGGAGUACACCAAAGAACUCAGUCCUGCACCUACAGGAACAACCAGACAGCAAGAAGUAAAGAACACUGAAGUAAAGAACGCACUGCUGCAAGUCUUUUCCUGCUCCACAUGUCCUCGUUCUUAUACAUCUCAAAUUUACCUCAACAAACACAUCCAGAGAUGCCACUAUAAAGAGUAUGUGGGACUACGGGAAUCAGGAGAGAUUAAAUAUGAGCUUCAGAUCCCCUCCAGAUGUCAGCCAACAUCAACUAAUACUCUCAGUUCUGACACUUCUCGUAAUGGUAUACAGAAGGAAAUUCACCACUGCUCAGACUGUGGAAAGAGUUUUGGUCAUCAGAAUGCAUUCAAGACGCACCAGCGCAUUCACACAGGAGGAAAGCCGCAUCACUGCUCACAGUGUGGGAAGAGUUUUACUGGACAGAGUGCUCUCCAACGACACCAGCGCAUUCACACAGGAGAGAAGCCAUAUCACUGCUCACAGUGUGGGAAGAGUUUUACUGGACAGAGUGCUCUCCAACGACACCAGCGCAUUCACACAGGACAGAAGCCGUAUCACUGCUCACAGUGUGGGAAGAGUUUUACUGGACAGAGUGAUCUCCAACAACACCAGCGCAUUCACACAGGAGAGAAGCCAUAUCACUGCUCACAGUGUGGGAAGUGUUUUACUCGGCAAGGUGAUCUCCGACGACACCAGCGCAUUCACACAGGAGAGAAGCCGUAUCACUGCUCACAGUGUGGGAAGAGUUUUACUCUGCACGGUCAUCUCCAACAACACCAGCGCAUUCACACAGGAGAGAAGCCGUAUCACUGCUCACAGUGUGGGAAGGGUUUUGCUCGGCAAGGUCAUCUCCAACGACACCAGCGCAUUCACACAGGAGAGAAGCCGUAUCACUGCUCACAGUGUGGGAAGAGUUUUACUCGGCAAGGUCAUCUCCAACGACACCAGCGCAUUCACACAGGAAAGAAGCCGUAUCACUGCUCACAGUGUGGGAAGAGUUUUACUGAACAGAGUGCUCUCCGACGACACCAGCGCAUUCACACAGGAACGAAGCCGUAUCACUGCUCACAGUGUGGGAAGGGUUUUACUCGGCAAGGUCAUCUCCAACGACACCACCGGAUUCACACAGGAGAGAAGCCGUAUCACUGCUCACAGUGUGGGAAGAGUUUUACUGGACAGAGUGCUCUCCGACGACACCAGCACAUUCACACAGGAGAGAAGCCGUAUCACUGCUCACAGUGUGGGAUGAGUUUUACUCGGCAAGGUCAUCUCCAACGACACCAGCGCAUUCACACAGGAAAGAAGCCGUCUCACUGCUCACAGUGUGGGAAGAGUUUUACUGAACAGAGUGCUCUCCGACGACACCAGCGCAUUCACACAGGAGAGAAGCCGUAUCACUGCUCACAGUGUGGGAAGAGUUUUACUGGACAGAGUGCUCUCCGACGACACCAGCACAUUCACACAGGAGAGAAGCUGUAUCACUGCUCACAGUGUGGGAAGAGUUUUACUCGGCAAGGUCAUCUCCAACGACACCAGCGCAUUCACACAGGAAAGAAGCCGUCUCACUGCUCACAGUGUGGGAAGAGUUUUACUGAACAGAGUGCUCUCCGACGACACCAGCGCAUUCACACAGGAACGAAGCCGUAUCACUGCUCACAGUGUGGAAAGGGUUUUACUCGGCAAGGUCAUCUCCAACGACACCACCGCAUUCACACAGGAGAGAAGCCGUAUCACUGCUCACAGUGUGGGAAGAGUUUUACUCAGCAGAGUGCUCUCCGACGACACCAGCACAUUCACACAGGAGAGAAGCCGUAUCACUGCUCACAGUGUGGGAAGGGUUUUACUCGGCAAGGUCAUCUCCAACGACACCACCGCAUUCACACAGGAGAGAAGCCGUAUCACUGCUCACAGUGUGGGAAGAGUUUUACUCAGCAGAGUGCUCUCCGACGACACCAGCACAUUCACACAGGAGAGAAGCCGUAUAACUGCUCACAGUGUGGGAAGAGUUUUACUCAGCAGAGUCAUCUCCAAACACACCAGUGCAUUCACACAGGAGAGAAGCCGUAUAACUGCUCACAGUGUGGGAAGAGUUUUACUCAGCAGAGUCAUCUCCAAGAACACCAGCACAUUCACACAGGAGAGAAGCUGCAUCACUGAUCACAGUGUGGAAAGAUGUUAACUUAUUCAGUUACAUUUAAGAUCUACAAGUGCACUCACUCAGAGACAUUGCAUGAUUUAAAGUAGUCACAUUAAAUAUAGUUGUUAUUAUGACUGUUUGUUUUGGCUGAAAAUGAUCUCAUCUCAUUAUCUCUAGCCGCUUUAUCCUGUUCUACAGGGUCGCAGGCAAGCUGGAGCCUAUCCCAGCUGACUACGGGCGAACGGUGGGAUACACCCUGGACAAGUCGCCAGGUCAUCACAGGGCUGACACAUAGACACAGACAACUAUUCCUACUCACACCUACGGUCAAUUUAGAGUCACCAGUUAACCUAACCUGCAUGUCUUUGGACUGUGGGGGAAACCGGAGCACCCGGAGGAAACUCACGCGGACAUGGGGAGAACAUGCAAACUCCACACAGAAAGGCGCUUGCUGGCCACGGGGCUCGAACCUGGACCUUCUUGCUGUGAGGCGACAGUGCUAACCACGACACCACUGUGCUGCCCCUGAAAAUGAUCUGUAAUUUGGAUUGUCAUGUUACAUGACUGUUUUAAAAUAUGUACCUUUAUAGUGAUGUUUAAAACAAGAUUAUUAAUGUUUUCUUUUGACCUUAAGUAAUCAUUAAUUGCCACUAUACAAGUAACGAUUAAACUGCAAUUCUCAUCAGUGUAGUACUGCAGCAUGAGACUGAUUGUUAAUGGAAUUAUUACUGAACAGGAGUUUAACAUUACUAUGUUUAACAGAAAUGUGGAUCAAACCAAAUGACUAUGGAGCAGUGAAAUGAAGCUCAUCCAGCUAUAUGCAUCCGCCUCGCCUCACUGGUAGAGGAGGCGGCAUCGGUUAUUUAUAAUCAUAAUCUAGGAAUCGUACAAAAAUCUGAACAAAAAUUCAGUAUGUUUGAAGUUCUUUAUCCAAACAUAUGUAGCCAAAAAAAGUCUAUGCAGUUGAUUCAGCUCAUUAUUAUUUACAGACCCGUGGUCUAUAUUCUGAAGUUCUUUCUGAAUUUGCGGAUUUCUUUCGACAACGAAUUAAUUGUUAGGCAUUAUUUGUUUUGAUCACCUGGAAGACUCUGAGAACAGCAUUCGUGUCCAUUCUAGAUUCAGUAGGGGUUAAUCAGGAUGUCAUAGGACCUAACCCUAUUUUUGUUCAGGUUUUUGUAUGAUUCCUAGUGGUCACACUCUCAAUCUAAUACUUGUAUUUAUAUUAAA